AUGCUGCUCAAGACCCUCCUUCCCCUCACCGCCCUUGCGGGCGUCAUGGCUGGCCCUAUCAUCGACGAGCGCGCCGCUGCCGACCUCGCCAUGCGCCGCGACGUCGAGGCCGUCAUCACCGAGAAGAUGAAGGCCCCCACCGAGGAGCAAGUCCAGGAGGCGAACAAGGUCGCCCAGGGUGCCGGCGGUGGCUUCAACGACUGGAACUGCAAGAUGACCGACGACCGCACCCCGAUCAUCUUCCUGCACGGUCUCACUGCUCCGUCGCUCCUGAACUGGUUCUACAUCGCCCCGACCUUCUCGAGCAAGGGCCACUGCGUCUACACCCCGCAGUACGGCACCAAGGACGGCAUCCUGCUCGGUUUCAACAGCCUGCGUGACUCGUCCAAGUGGCUCAAGGACUACGUCCAGAAGGUCAAGGCUUCCACGGGCGCCGGCAAGGUCCACCUUGUCGGUCACUCGAUGGGCACUACCGUCUCCUCGUACUACAUGAAGUUCGACGGUGGUGCGGACCAGGUCGACAAGUUUGUCGGCUUCGGGUGCAACUACCGCGGCACAUCGCUGUACGGCAUCAACCAGCUCGUCCGCCUCGUGCCCUUCAUCACGACCGCUCUCAUCAAGAUCUGUCCUUCCUGCAACGAGUUCCUCUCCCCUAGCGAUUUCAUGAACGACCUUCAGCGCGGCGGCAUCGCGGUCGACGGCCCCCAGUACACCAACAUCGUUUCGAAGUACGACGAGCUCGUCCUCCCCUACACCUCGGGCAUCAUGGAGGAGCGCGCCAACGUCGAGAACAUUGUCCUCCAGGACCGCUGCCACUUCGACUUUGUCGGCCACUCGCUCCAGGCCAUCGACCCUAACGUCAAGAACCUCAUCGAGUGGGCCAUCGACGGCAAGCAGGGCCCCAAGCCUGGCUGUGUCGCCAACGGUAUCCCCUUUGUCCACAUCCGGGACGGCCUCGAGGAGAGCGAGCUUCAGUAG